AUGAAGAGUAAUCGAGAAAGAGUCCCAUCUAGUUCUAGAGGGAAACCUGGUGAAUGGCUUUCAGGAGACCGUGAAAGAGAAGUCGACAGACCCAGCAUACAUUCAAGGGUUACUUAUCCGGGUACGGUGACCGAUAAAGGGGAGCCUGGUUCCCUCCACAGUGGAUCAGGCGAGUCUGCCUGGGAACGAGGUUUACGAGAAGCGAGAGAACUGAUGAAGAAAGCAACGAAGAAAAAGGAAGAACCAGAUUUUGAAAGAAAGCGAUUAAUUUUGGCUCCUAGCGAGGAGGUUGAUCGAAGGACUACCGAUGAUGAUUCUGACGACUCCCGAUUGAUGCCCAAAGCGGGCAUAAGAGAAGAAAUGUCACCUCGACGCAAUUUAAGGGCAGGUCUUCUCCCUACUUCAUCUUAUAAUGAUGCUCGAUCAAGAAACAUCCGCCGGUAUGACCGUUUUAAUGAUCAGAAUGGGAAAGAUCAUCUCUUGGGAGGAAGAAAUGGAUGCCGUUAUGUAGAUGAGUAUGGGAGAACAACUGAUACUUAUGGUUCUGUAAAUCGAAGUCGUAUUCCUUCACUGAUGGAUGGGAUUAGAGAAAAUCGUUUUGUUGAAGUUAAGAAAGAUCUUGGGCCUCAAGUUUUAUAUCCAAAUGGAAGACCGGGUAGUAGAAGACGGGACAACAAUAUUCGGCGUGGUAAUAAACGUGACACGUCUAUUAAUGAACGGUAUUAUGUGCCACGUCGUCCUUCUCGUUCUCCCCACUCUUCAUCGCGUUCGCCUUUGCGCUCACCUUCACCUAGAAGAGGGGCGCUGCCUAUUUCUAGAAGUGGAAGUGAGAAAAGUGGUCCUACGCGGAAACAACACAGUCUGGGACCAAAUAUAAGUGUGGAGGGACAAAUAUACGGGAUCCUUGGGAGCGUAGCCAAAAGAAGAGAAACCGCAGUCGUGAGCUUCCAUCAACAACGCUUGGUGCGGUAUUACAAAAAGCGCGGCUCUCUGAAGAACACCAUCAUUCUCGGAAACGACCUCACAGCACGAGUUUAUCUGAGAGUAGUAUUUCUGAGUGAGCUUCAGAUUUCUGAUACUUUUGCAUUUGUUUUUUUUAUUACAGAAAGUUCGUCUUCAACUUCAACGCAUUCAGACUCAUCAGAUAGACGCAGAAAAGCUGCUACGAGAGCUUCUUUAGCUUCUGCAGUUCCAUUGAAAAAUCUCUUUGAUGAUGAUGGCUCGAUACGGCCAACAGAUCUCUCAUCAUUUCGCAUUCCGAAAAAAAAGAGACCGUCCAGGAGCCCUACGAGGCCUGUUGGUGUUUUAAAAAGAUCGGAAAGUAGAACCCGUAGUGUUCGUUCUGACUCAUUAUUGCGCAACGAACCUCAAGCCUCGCGCCCUAAAUGGCAAGGGGGCGGUUCACCGAGUCAAAACGUGGUACAACCGCAGAAAACUAGCAGACAAUCUAGAAACACUAAUCCUGCAAGAAAUGAGCGAAGAUUGAGCGAAGCAAAAGAGGAAAUUUCUAGCGAGGAAAGUAUAUCUUCUAGCUCUAGCGGUAGCUCGACUGAUGAGGAUAAUGAACCAGCUGCUUACCGGCGCAGACGUAAGUCUCUGGAGGAUGAUGACGGUUUCCCUACCGAAGGGAUUCCGCUGUCGCCUGAGGCGGAGGCAGAAGACGUAUCAAGCGAUGAAAAUGAACACUCUCCUUCCGGAAAAGAAAGCGCGUCGCGUUCACCGUCUGGAUCGCGAUCAACUUCCGAAAGGCAAACUAGUCCCUCACCUGCAAAUGCUGAAGAUGAUCAGAGAGCAGACAGUGGGAGUGAGAAUGAAGAGGAGGAUUACGAGGAGGACCGGUUCAAUGAAAGCGAAGCUGAUGAGUACAAUGAUGAGGCUGAGAAAGAGGAACGUCGAGCUGAGCUAUUAAGGCAAUUGAAAUCCGUGGAAGAAGCGAUAGCGCGGAAAAGGCAUCGUCCCGUAGUGUAGGC